CGGCCUGGGCGCCGGGCGCGCGGCCAUGUCGUCGGGGGACGCGGGGUCGUGCGGGCCGGAGGGGGCCCCGCGCGCGGUCGCCGCGCUCUGCAGCCUGUACCGCGAGGCCGGCCAGCGGCUGCGGCUCGUGCAGGAGCAGCUGGCGGCCCGCGACGCGCUGGUGGAGCGCCUGCGCGCCCGCCUGGCCGCGCUCGAGGGGGACGCGGCGCCGUCGCUCGUGGACGCGCUCCUGGAGCAGGUGGCGCGGCUCCGGGAGCAGCUGCGGGAGCGGGAGAGCGGGGCCGCCGAGGCCGAGCUGCGCCAGGAAGUUGAGAGACUCAGCCAGCGACUGGUCGAGAAGGAGCAGGAGAUGGAGCAGCUUCUGAGCCGCCCGGCGCUGGUGUGCGAGAAGGAGCUGGUGCAGCUGCGGAGGAGCGUGGCGGAGAAGGAGCGGGUACGGGCGGCCAGCCACGUCCUGUGUCGCUCCCUGGCCGAGGAGAGCCAGCAGCUGCGGAGGACACUGGCGGCCACCGCCCACAUGUGCCAGCACCUGGCCAAGUGUCUGGAGGAGCGCCAGGCCCCACAGGGGGCGCCCCGGGAGAGCAGCGCUGAGUCCGAGGGUCCAGACCGGGCCGCCAUCCAGGCCGCCACGGUGAAGCUGCAGGAGGAGAACCGCCUUUUGAAAGAGAAGGUGGCGCAUGUGGAGGACCUCAACGCAAAGUGGCAGCGCUAUGACGCCAGCAGGGAUGAGUACGUGAGGGGGCUGCAGGCCCAGCUGCGGGGGCUGCAGGCGCCCGCAGAGCCCGAGAGGCCCUCGACGUGUGAGCGGAUGAGGAAGGAGAUCGCCCGGCUCAACGGGCAGCUGGAGGAGAAGAUGCUCACCUGUGCGGAAGCCAAGCAGGAGCUGCUGGCCGCGCGCAGUGCCUGGGACGCAGCGCUGGAGCGGGUGCAGGUGCUGGAGCAGCAGAUUCUCGCCUACAAGGAGGACUUCGCCUGGGAAAGGGCGGACCGCGAGCGGGCGCAGAGCAGAGUGCAGGAGCUGGAGGAGAAGCUGGCCUGUCUGGAGCAGGCCGGGAGACAGGGGCCCUUUGAGCCAGCAUCCUGCCGGACCCAUGCAGCCAGCAGCAGCCCUGAGGCCUUGAAGUGUGCUGUGUCCAGUGACGGGAGGCCUGGGGACGAGGCCUGCAGGCCAGAGCCCCCUAGCGUGCCCCUGGGGGACCUGCAGUGCCCACACUGCCUGCAGUGCUUCAGUGAUGAGCAAGGCGAGGAGCUCUUCAGACACGUGGGCCAGUGCUGCCAGUGAGGGGCACUGAUGCCCUUUCCCAAGGGCUCUCAGGGCAGCAGAACCAGCCAGGCUUCAGGGGGCCUUGAGUAGAGCCAGAGGGUGAGGCUGAGAGGAGCUGACAGCAGCUCGCCAGGGAGGAUCCUCUCACCCUGCCCAGCCCAGUGUUCACUGGGCACAAAGCUGGCUGGCAGGAAGGCUGUGUGGCCCCAGGGCGGAAGCCUGACUGGCGAGGCCCCGUCUGUCCCCAGCACUGGCUGGCCUUUGGUGUGGCAGGGCCACAGUGUCCCGCAGUGCUGACUGCCCACCAACUGGAGGCGAAACCCCUUCCUUGCAUGUCUUCUCUUUUUUUGGCUUUUUUGGGUCACACCCAGCGAUGCUCAGGUGUUACUCCUGGUUCUGCACUCAGGAAUGACUCCUGGCAGUGCUCAGGGGACCAUAGGGGAUGCCGGGGAUCGAACCCGGGUUGACUCCGUGCACGGCAAAUGCCCUCCUUGCUGUGCUAUCGCUCCAGCCCUGCGUGUUUUCUUAAUAAAGCACUAGUGAUGGUCA